UGUAUUAUGUUUUUUUCUUAGACAACUAAUUACCAAUUUCUUUUAAUGGCUUAAAUACUCUGUAGCUUUGUUAGCUGGACAGUAUGAACGAAAAUGGUUUUUCUUAUGACCAUAAGCAACAGCAACCUGGUAGUAAAGUAUUGAUACAAAUUCUUAUAUUCUUUUACAAAAGUUCAAAGUUCAAAGCAAAACACUUUGGCAGAUUCAUUAUUAGUCCAAAUUAAUGGCAAUACAAGUGUAAAUUACAGUUCACAUGAUCGACAUCACAAUGAGAUUUAUGAAUCACUUAGUAACAAUACUAAUAAAGUAGACAAAAAUUUUUAUGUUUCUGUAAACAAAGUUGUGAAACGAAAGAAACUCACUGCUGAAGAGCGCCAGGUAAUGAAAGAAUUAAAAGCAAAAGAAAAAGCUGAAGGUCAAAAAAAAAAAGAAGAACUAAAAAUUCAAAAAGAACUUGAGAAAGAAAGGCUAAGAGCAUCUAAAAAGCUUGAUUCAUUAAACAAAAGAAUUGAGAAAAAAGAAGAAGCUGUUGAGCGCAUGUUAGUAGUUAUUGGAUCUCUAAUCCUUCAGGAACCUAAUGGAGCAGAUGUUUUAAAGUCUUUACAGGUUAUUGGUGCCAGAUAUGAAGUUAAAGAAUUGCCUUUUCCUACUAUAGCAUGGUUAAAAGAAAGUUUUAAUUACGAAAUUACAAAUACAACUGAGAUCACUAAAACAUGCUCGUAUAUUGAAGAAAAACAUGCUUUGUUUAUGAUGUCUGCUGCACAACUAGCCAAAAGUAUUGAAGCAGAUGACAGCGAUAAGGAAAGUCUUAUUAAUAUAAUAAAUUGUGUUAAAGAAAUGUUUCAUGGUAAAACAUUGUGUAUUGUAAUUAUUGGUAUGAAUGAAUAUUAUCAACAAGCCAAGACAAGCAAAAAUCAGUUAUACCGUAAGCAAGUGUUAACUGACAAGGAUCCUGUUAAAAAACAACAAAAGAUUGUUUCAUCCUUUUUAAGUAGAGAUUUUAUUGAAGAAGCAUUAGCGAAGCAGCAAAUAUUUACAGAUGUUAAGUAUAGAUUUGCAGAACAAAUGAAAGACUUCUCAGAAUUAGUUUCUUCAUAUACAAAAGCUCUUGCUAGUGCUUCACAAAAAAACACUAGUGCUGAUACGAUUCUUCAUUUCGCAAGCACUGAUAAAGCCUGUGUAAAGGUUUCUAGUGAUGGCCAAGGAGUGCUUCAAUUAUGGAAUCAACAGCUGCAGCAAUUUUAUGGUGUUCGCUAUGACACUUCUGUUGCAAUUACACAAGCUUACCCAACACCUUUACUACUUAUGAAAGCAUACAAAUCUUUUCCACCAGAGAUUGGAGUCAACUUGCUUGCUGAUAUUGAGGUUCGUCGUGGUACUGGUGUUCUUCAAACUAACAGAAAAGUUGGACCAGAACUCUCUAAAAAAAUGCAUCAAAUGUUCACUUCUGUUGAUGGCGAUGAGCCACUUUCUCGAUAAAAUAAAUCUUAUGAUAGUUUGUAUAUAAAAUAAUUGUUAUUUUAAAACAUGUUGACCUUAAACGUUAAAACCUGUUUAAAUAUUAUCCAAAAUAUAUCGAAUUUUAUAUUUUCA